AACCCACAGUCAGUUAAUGAGCUUCACUCACUCGAAUUGGUUAGAUAUUUCAAUUUUCUCCCUUUUCUCUGGCGAUUGCAAUUAAAAACAGUGAGAUCUGCUGGGGCUGGAGGAGUUUUGCUCCUGACUUGCACGACUUUCCCGGGAAAACCACCGGGCGAGGAAGUGAAAUUGGCCAUCGAGGGACUUUUGGGUGUGGAAAUCAGCUGAGCAGCUUGUCAAAUCGGACUCAAGCGAGAGUGAUUGAUGCUGUCGCUCCGGCGGCCAAAUAUCCAGAAUGUUCCGCGUGAUUUCCAGGUACAAGAUCAUCCGUGGCAUGACCUCGUACUCCGUGCUCUGGCCCUGCGGCAGCCUCAUCCAGCAGACCAUCGAGGGCAAGAACUUUAGCACCUACGACUGGGGAAAGUGCUUCCGCAUGGGCCUCUUCGGCACCUUCGUCAUCGGACCCACGCUGUACGUGUGGAUGCGCUUCGCCAACAAGACCUGGCCCAGGCGCAACUUGGGCACCUCGCUGACGAAGGCGCUGGUGGAGCAGGUGACGUACGAUCCGCUCAUGAUAACCACCUUCCUCUUCGUCAUGAGCCUGAUGGAGGGCAAGACGACGCACGAGGCGCGGCUGGAGGUGAAGGAGAAGUUCUUCGACACCUACAAAGUCGGCGCUGUCUUCUGGCCAUGUGUGCAGACCGUCAAUUUCACCAUUGUGCCGCAGCGCAACCAAGUAGUUUUCGUCAGCUUCUUCAGCAUGAUCUGGAGCAGCUUUCUGGCCUACAUGAAGCACAUGGAAAUCGAGCAGAUACGUCAGAAGAAGGAGGCGAAGAAGCAAAAGAAGCUCGAGCAGAAGAUGAAGACUCAAUAGUUUCUUUUCUCAUAUCGAAAAAUCACCAUCACAUAAUCUCAUUCCGAAUUCAAUAAAGCGUGAAUUUGCUAAUAAA